AUGGGCAAACGCAGCAAGUUACUCCAGGCUCUCGAUGCCCACAAGGGUCGCGAUUUCGACGCCGAGAAGCAGAAGAAAUUGAUCAAGGCUGCGGAAAAAAAGAAGGCUAAGAAGGCCACUGCCGCCCCCGAGGACAAGAUCGUGGAGGAGGAGAAGGAGGAAGAAAAGGCUGCCAGCUCUGACGCCGAAGAGGAAGAAGAGGAAGAAGAGGAAGAAGAGGAGGAGGAGGAGGAGGAGGAGGUCGACCAGGACGAGGAAAUGGAAGAUGAGGAGGAAGAGGAAGAAGACAUCCCACUCUCCGACCUCGAAGAAGACGAGCGUGAAGAUGUCGUUCCCCACCAACGUUUGACAAUCAACAACUCUGCCGCUAUCCUCUCCGCCCUCAAGCGCAUUUCCUUCAUCGGCCCCAACACCCCAUUCUCAGAGCACAACUCCCUAGUCUCGAAAGAGCCGAUCGAGGUCGAAGACGCCAAUGACGAUCUGAACCGUGAAUUGGCCUUCUACAAGGUCUGCCAGACUGCUGCUACCCAGGCCCGUGGUCUGCUGAAGAAGGAUGGCAUUCCCUUCACGCGGCCGGGCGAUUACUUCGCGGAGAUGGUGAAGAACGAUGAGCACAUGAGCUUGAUCAAGAAGAAGCUUUACGAAGAGGCUGCUAGCAAGAAGGCUUCUGCUGAGGCCCGCCGCCAGCGUGAUCUUAAGAAGUUCGGCAAGCAAGUCCAGAACUCCAAGUUGCAGCAGAGACACAAGGAGAAGCGUGAGAUGUUGGAGAAGAUCAACACCUUGAAGAAGAAGCGCAAGGCUGACGGCUCUGCCCCUACCGAUGAUGCCAAUGAUAUGUUCGACAUUGCUAUUGACGAGGCUACCCAGCCCGACAAGAAGCGCAGCCGUGGUGAUGGCCCCGGUGGCUCCAAGCGCCAGAAGAAGGACGCCAAGUUCGGAUUCGGAGGCAAGAAGCGUCAUGCUAAGAGUGGUGAUGCCAUGUCUAGCGGUGAUCUGAGCAACUUCUCCGCUAAGAAGAUGAAGGGUGGCGCAAAGCGACCCGGCAAGAGCAAGAGAGUCCAAGCCAAGGGACGCAACUAA